CCAGCAGGCAGGAGGAACCAGCUCCGGGGCUGCCUCUGCUUCCUGGAUCCUCUCCUUUCGCCUUUUCCCAGCCUGGGCGGCGGCGAGCGGAGCCCAGCGUCUUGGCCACCCGAGCGGGCGAUGCCCCGGCAGGGCCCUUCCAUGGAUGCCAGCAAGAAGGUGGAUCUGAAGAUAAUUAUCAUAGGAGCUCUGGGCGUGGGCAAAACCUCCCUGCUGCACCAGUACGUGCACAAGACGUUCUACGAGGACUACCGCACCACGCUGGGCGCCAGCAUCCUGACCAAGGUGAUCGCGGUGGACAACACCCCCCUGAAAAUGCAGAUCUGGGACACGGGGGGACAGGAGCGAUUCCGGUCCAUGGUGUCAACCUUCUACAAAGGCUCUGAUGGCUGCAUCCUGGCCUUUGACGUGACGGACAGGGAGUCCUUUGAGUCCCUGGACAACUGGAGAGAUGACUUCCUGGAGAAGGUGAUCCCGAGGGAUCACGACUUCCCCAUGGUCGUGCUGGGGAAUAAAAUAGACCUCUGCGAUCGGCAGGUAUCCAAGGAGAUUGCCUCAGCCUGGUGCAAGGAAAAAGACAUCCCUUAUUUUGAAGUCAGCGCCAAGAACAACAUCAACGUCGCGCAAGCUUUCGAGACCCUCGCCAAGCAAGCCUUAACCACGUAUAAAGGGAUAUUUGAGAGUUAUUUAACCGACUCCAUCAAACUCACUCCUGAUGACAAGCCCAAGGCAAGCUGCUGCUGAGCCCUGCAGAGGAGCCGUGCUCCGAGCUCUCCUGCACCUGCACGCAUGUCCGAGCGCCCCGCACGCUGUGGGGAGCAGUGCCCGUGGCCGGAGCCUGCCUGGGGGGGUCCGUGCCCCCCGGCCGCACCAGCCAGCUGUGGGGCUUUGCCAGGACGGGGCACAGGACGGCCACCUCCAGCGCACUCCAGGUCCUGCUGCUGGCCACAUCUCCGGAGCUGCUCUCCCAGGUCUGCGGCCGCUGAGUCGAGGUGGCCCCUGGAGACCUCCGUCCCCCCCCACCCGCGGCCGCCUGGCACCCGAGCAGGAGGUCCCCUUGUGGUGACGGUGCUGGGAGCCGAGCGGUGCUCCUGGGACAUUAUUGAGAGCAUCACCCCAGCCACAGGGGGACCGCAGUCCUCCCUGUGCGCAGGCCCCGCAUCCUGCUCACGGUGUGUUUGGGGGGAGGAGUGGGGUCGUUGGCCAUGGCACGGGUCUGAGAGCACCAGCUCCCCUCCCGGGGUCAGCCAGUGUGGCCAUUACCUUUCUGUGCCUCAGUUUCCCUGGCUCACAUGCACAUAUCCUCUUAAAUACCUUCCUCCUCCCGCCUCACCGGUGAGGAUCCUCUGUAAAGCAUUUUGUAAGGCUUUUUGUAAUUCCUUAUUUAUAAAAAAAUAAAAAUAAAUACAUUUUUAUUUCUA